AUGGCUGACGCUGCUAUCAGUGCUACUGUUAAGGUCGUCCUGGAGACGGUCAUUUCCACAGCUGCGGACCGUAUUGGUAUGGUUCUCGGGGUCAAAGCAGAGUUGGAGAGACUGAGCAAAACUACUGCAACGAUCCAAGGUUUCCUGGCUGAUGCUGACGGGAAAAUACAUAGUUCAGGGGUGCGAGAUUGGCUCAAGCAGCUAGAGGAUGAGGUUUUCAAAGCUGAUAACGUGCUGGACGAGCUCCAUUAUGACAAUCUUCGCCGGGAGGUGAAGUACCGAAAUCAACUCACCAAGAAGAAGGUAUGCUUAUUCUUCUCCUUCUUUAAUGCAAUUGGUUUUAGUUCCAGCUUGGCUUCAAAGAUCCGAGACGUCAACACCAACCUAAAAAGGAUCAACCAGCAAGCCAAUGACUUGGGAUUGGUAAUCAAGUACCAAAUUGAAGCUGCACUCCAUGCUGAUGCCACUACAAGCAGACAGACCGACUCUAUUGUUGUUCCAAACGUUGUAGGAAGAGCCGGCGACGAGUCAAAAAUAGUGGAGAUGCUAUUGACCCCAUCUGAAAGAGUUGUCUCAGUUAUUCCCAUAACAGGCAUGGGAGGCCUGGGCAAAACGACUCUUGCUAAAUCAGUCUACAACAAUACAAAAAUUGAUGAGAAUUUUGGCAUAAAGAGUUGGGUUUGUGUGGCUAGAAAAAUAGAUAUAGUGGAGCUGUUCAAACUCAUUUUAGAAUCGUUGACAAGAACAAAGGUUGAAGUGGAUGGUAGGGAUGCCAUAGUUCAAGGAAUUAGAGGAAAACUUGGGGAAAAAAGAUUUCUCCUUGUUCUUGAUGAUGUGUGGAAUUGUGAAGAGAGAUUGUGGGAUGACUUCUUCACCACGUUGUUGGGACUCAGUACAACUAAAGGAAGCUGGUGUAUUCUCACUACUCGUCUAGAACCAGUGGCUAAUGCUGUGCCUAGACAUUUGCAAAUGAAUGAUGGUCCUUAUUCCCUAGGAAAGUUAUCAGACGAUGCGUGCUGGUCUAUGCUGAAGGAAAAGGUAAUUGCUGGAGAAGAAGUACCAAAAGAAUUGGAAGCAAUAAAGAAGCAAAUUUUAAGGAGAUGCGAUGUCCUACCAUUGGCGGCAAGUUUGAUUGGUGGCUUGUUGCUUAACAACAGAAAAGAGAAGUGGCACUGCAUUGUGCAGGAGAGUCUCUUGAAUGAAGAUCAAAGCGAGAUCGAUCAAAUACUUACGAAGGUUUUGUUCAACCAGAUCGGCAAAACCAAAGAUUGAUGGAGGAAAUAGCGGGUGAUUAUUUGAGGAUUUUGUUACAAAAU